AUGCAGUUCAUUAAGAAUUUGACGCAAGGCUUUCCGGCCAUCACUGGAAUACGAUGGUUCAACCUUUCCGUCCUUGUCAUUACACCAGCCCUUUCGCUGUAUGGCUUGCUUUAUGUUCACAUCUUUUGGAACACUGUCGUUUGCACGACCCUCUAUUACAUAUAUUCCAUGCUUGGGUACCACCGACUUUGGUCACACAGGUCGUACAACGCUUCGUUCCCCUUGCAGGUAUUCCUCAUACUUGCGGGGGCAAGUGCAGUGCAAGGCUCGUGUUACUGGUGGUCACGCCGGCACCGUUCCCAUCACAGGCAUACCGACACGGACCUCGACCCGUACAACUCAGAAAGAGGCCUUCUGUGGACGCACAUCGGAUGGAUCAUUUUCGAGUCAGACUUGAAACCUGGGCCAGCUGAUAUCUCCGACUUGCGCAAUGACCCUCUCGUACAAGUGGCAGCACCGAUGGUACUUUACUGGAAAGGCGGAUUCUUUUUCGUUGGUGCCCUUCGCAUGACCGCGUGUCAUCACAGCACUUUUUGCAUCAACUCCAUCGCUCACUAUCUCGGAAGCACGCCGUAUGAUGACAAACACAGUCCCCGCGACCAUCUUUUAUCCGCUAUCCUUACGAUGGGAGAAGGGUACCAUAACUUCCACCAUCAGUUUCCCAUGGAUUACAGGAAUGCAUUCCGAUGGUAUCAAUAUGACCCUACCAAGUGGUUCAUCAGUGUGUGUCAUUGGAUCGGUCUCGCCUCCCAUCUCCGCGUUUUCCCUAGCAACGAAAUUGAAAAGGGUGCACUCACGAUGAAACUCAAGGUUCUGAAGGACGUUCAGGACUCAAUUGAAUGGCCCGUGCCUCCGCACGAACUACCUGUGGUCACGUGGGAAACCUUCCAGGAAGAGUCCAAGUCUCGGACCCUUCUCCUCAUCUCGGGUUUUAUCCACGACGUGUCAUUGUUCCUUGAUACCCAUCCGGGAGGUCCCGUUUUACUCACACGAAACUCUGGGAAAGACAUGACAGCCUCUUUCUUUGGCGGUGUCUAUGCUCACUCUCACGCAGCGCAUAACCUCAUUGGGAUGAUGCGUGUGGGCAUUCUAGCGGGUGGUGUGGAGGCACCAGCAGAGCAUGCCAUCCCACCCAGUCAGCGACUCGUUAUCCGCGCUAACACCUCCCAUUAA